ACAGGCAAAAAAGCCUAUCACUCUCCUCUAAUCCAAAUUCUCAAAACGAAUGGCUCUCCUUUUAACACAUCCAUCACUCUCAACACACAAGUAUCUUCUUUAACUCUCUUCUAAAACCCCCCAUCUUCCCCUCUCCCUUCUCAACACUCCCAACAACAAUGGCAACUCUUCAGUCUCUGGCUUUGGCCUCUCCUGUCUCUCGCUCUUUGCCCAACCAACCACGCUCUCUCUCAGGAAUACCAUCUUCGGUUGCUCACCGGAGCUCGAAUUCGCUUUUUAAUGGGCAAUCUUUAGGGGUGGCUCGGUCACCAUUACCGCCAACGACAUGGAACUCUAGGAAAUGUGGACCGAUAGUAAUGAUGGUGAAACCGAAAAUUCAGUUCAUUCAAGGAACUGAUGAACAGACAAUACCGGAUGUGAGGUUAACCAAGUCCAGAGAUGGUACAAAUGGUAUGGCGAUAUUCAGAUUCGAUCAACCCUCCGUAUUCGACUCAUCCGGUGAAGUCGGUGACAUUACCGGGUUCUACAUGAUUGACGAGGAAGGAGUUCUUCAGUCGGUUGAUGUAAAUGCCAAAUUUGUGAAUGGGAAGCCUGCAGGGAUUGAAGCAAAGUACAUAAUGCGAACUCCCCGAGAAUGGGAUAGGUUCAUGAGAUUUAUGGAGCGAUAUUCCAAUGAAAAUGGCUUGCAGUUCAUCAAAAAAUGAGGCAAUUAUAUUCUUCUCUUGCACUAUUCCACAGUCAUCAGCAUUCUUCCUUAGUGUUAUGUAAUUUUGUUUAAAGUAUAACUCCAAUGCAGAUGCCUAUAUUGGGUUAGAUCCCAAUAUAGAUUUCUUGAAAGUACCUUAUUGCGCUUGCAUAUGCCCAACAAAAUUCUGUUUCCCCUUCUUUUUUGGUUUUCAAAUCGUUUACUU